UGCAGAGAGGAGGACACUCAGGCGGAGAGAGCUGGACACCGACCCCCAGCCUGCGGACACCACUGCUCCCAGCACUCCCACUGCUGAUCCCACUACUGCUCCCAGCACUCCCACUGCUGAUCCCACUACUGCUCCCAGUGCUCCCCCUGCUGAUCCCACUAUUCCCAGCACUCCCACUACUCCCAGUGCUGCUCCCACUACUCCCAGUGCUGCUCCCACUACUCCCAGUGCUCCCACUACUUCCACUGCUGAUCCCACUACUGCUCCCAGUGCUCCCCUGCUGAUCCCACUAUUCCCAGCACUGCCACUACUCCCAGUGCUCCCACUACUUCCACUGCUGAUCCCACUACUCCCAGUGCUGCUCCCACUACUCCCAGUACUCCCACUCCUGAUUCCACUGCUACUCCCAGUGCUCCCAGUACUCCCACUGCUGCUUUCACUGCUGAUCCCAGUGCUGAUCCCACUACUCCCAGUACUCCCACUGCUGAUCCCACUGCUACUCCCAGUGCUCCCACUGCUGCUCCCAGUGCUGAUCCCACUACUCCCAGUACUCCCACUCCUGAUCCCACUGCUACUCCCAGUGCUCCCACUGCUGCUCCCAGUGCUGAUCCCACUACUUCCAGUGUUCCCACUGCUGCUCUCAGUGCUGAUCCCAGUACUCCCAGUGCUGAUCCCACUUCUACCCCAGUGCUCCCACUGCUGCUCCCAGUGCUGAUCCCACUACUCCCACUGCUACUCCCAGUGCUCCCACUGCUACUCCCACUGCUGCUCCCAAUACUCCCAGUGCUGCUUUCACUGCUGAUCCCACUACUUGUACUACUCCCAGCACUCCCACCACUGCUCCCAGCACUCAGGACCCCUUCCAGCCAGCGGAGUGAGGAGCAGCAUGUCCCCAUAAGAGGAGCACCAGAGCCAGAUCACCCUCCAGUGUUCCCGCAGCUUCUCCCACCCGGAUCCUCUAUGUACAAAAUGGAUUAUUCGUACCUGAAUUCGUAUGAUUCGUGCAUGGCGGCGAUGGAAGCCUCGGCUUAUGCUGACUUCAGUUCGUGCAGCCAGGCGAACAGCUUCCAAUACAACCCCAUCCGGAGCAGCUUCACCGGCAGCCCGGGGUGCCCCUCACUCACCACUGCCAGCUGCACCCUGGGGGCACUGAGAGACCACCAGCCUUCCCCCUACUCCACAGUCCCCUACAAGUUCUUCUCGGACCCGUCCAGCAUCAACGAGAAGAGGAAGCAGCGGAGAAUCCGGACCACGUUCACCAGCUCCCAGCUCAAGGAGUUGGAGAGGGUCUUCGCUGAGACCCACUAUCCGGAUAUCUACACCAGAGAGGAGCUGGCGCUGAAGAUAGACCUGACGGAGGCCCGGGUACAGGUCUGGUUCCAGAACAGAAGAGCCAAGUUCCGCAAACAGGAGCGGGCGGCGAAUUCCAAGAAUGGGAAUGGCAGCAGUGGAGGAUCCAAUGGUAAAAAGUCAGAUCCCAGAUCAUCUUCAGAGGACGAUGAGUCCAAAGAGUCUAACUGCAGUCCGACCCCUGACAGCACAGCGUCGUUACCCAUCGCGGGCAACCUCAACAGCCCAGGGGGCAGCCUGAGCCCCAGCCCUGGCACAGGGUCGAGUCUAGUGCCCAACCAUACAGUUCAAACCUUGAAGCCCCCGGUAUGGCCUGGAGUCCCAACCAGCAACACGGCAGAUCUCCUGAAAGCCUGGCAGCCCGCUGAGGCCGUCCCGGGACCGUUUGCAGGGGUCCUGUCCACUUUUCACAGGAAGCAAAGUUCCCUCAAAACAAAUCUGUUUUAAGUGAUACAGAACUGGCAUAAAAAAAAAGACUGACGGACAGUGGACACUGGGGACCUCUCCGUUGUGUAUAUUGCCAUAUGCUGUGGAAAAACUAAAACCUGAUGUGUAAACCAAAACUAUACAUAUGACAUUGGCUCCAGGAACUGUGUAUACUACAGCAAAGAUGGGUCAACCAUGAACCUUGACGGUCAACGAGUCCAAAUGGCGCAAGUCUGAGGAGAUGGAUCUCCAAGCAGUGGCUCCUUCUUGUAUGUUGCAGGUUUCCCUUCAAGCGAAGUCAUCACCAAUUGGGCCACAUCUAGCUCUUUUUAUUUAUUAUUUAUUAUAUUUAACUAGCUUUGGGUUUAUGUUUUUUCACUGACGUCUCUUGUUCAGUUUUAAUUUUUGUUAUUCUUUAAUGAGAACUAUGGGACUUGUGCCAGAUAUACUGUAGGUGUUACAGGUCCAUGCUACCCAAUAUUUCAAGACAACCAAAAAAAGGACACUUCAUUACAGGGAAUGAAAUUACAUUUUACGUGUUUACAGACUUUGCCCAUCUCGGGCGAACUCAUUAUCUGCGUUUGCGGGCCCUCCAUUCUGUGGGCUAUAUAUGUGUGGGUGUUAAAGUAUAUAUACACAUACAUAUAUGCAGGUUUACACCAAUGUCAUUUGUGUGCCUUUUUAUGCCACAUAUAUGUCUUCUAUGUCUAAAAAAAUGCAGCAUUAUUGUCGCCCCCCCUCCCUUAUGUUUUUUUUACUGGAGUUUCUAUAGAAACCUUCAGUAAUUUCGCCCAUACAGAUCAAUCACCCCCGUUACAACAAGUUUGUGGUGUAGUCACAAUACAAUCGGGAACAAAGCGGUUCAAUGGGUCCAUCCUCCGCUGCUCGUGGCUGUGCCCCGAUUCUGAAAAACCUAACCACCACACUAUGUUUGUCCUAGCCGGGUUUCCUUAGGGCGGCCAUUUUGAACAAUGUUGACCUGACUCUUUUGCUGUAGACAUAUUUGUACAUAGAAUUGAUUUUUUUUUUAAUUAAUGUUCUAGGUGGCCAGACUUUACUUUAGAAUUGGCUGAUGAUAAUUGCUCUAUAAAAUUAACUGAAAUACAUGGUAUAUAGUGUUCUCCAUGUCCACAGGAUGUUGCUGUAUAUGAAGACGUAUUCACACUUAUGUCACACCGAUACAGAGGCAUCAACACGCAAAUGGCGGCCAGGGGACUACGCCCGGGUCUCAGACGCUGGGAGUUUCCUUUGUUCUAUAGUACAAAACAUAUCUUUAUAUAUACCUCUAUGUACCUAUUGACUCUAGCGAGGUCACAGUGUAUACAGAUAAUCCAAGGUUAUUAUUGAACUGUGAUAAGAGAAGACAUGUCCCUCCACCGUUCUGUAAUUUAUUAAACUCAUUUGCCGAUAUGCUAAUCC